CGAGGGCGGAGGUCGCGCGGUGGAGCUGGCCUCGGUGUGUUGAAUGAACGCAAACCUUACGGACACACAGACGAGACGACCACAAAUCACUCCGGCCGGUCGUAUCCACACUGCUAGUGCUACUUGCUGCCGCUUCUUUCCUUGGUCUCUCGUUGUUCUCUGCGGCGACUAGACUACAGUGGGUCUCCCCACAAUCUGCGGCGGCGACGGCGUCGAAGAGCUCGAUCUGUUCAACGUUCGCUCAGCAGAGGCGAAGAGUUGCUGUUCGCUGUUCUUCAGGAUGCUCUUCUUCGAUUGAGCCAAGCCAGAAUUGGAUCUAUAUUCUCCAGUAGUUCAUCUUGGGUUGCUGCAAAUUGGAUUUGAAGGAGCUGCUAUUCAAGAAUUUCGACCCAAGGACAAUGCUAUAGCGGUGUGCAGAUCAGAGAGCAAAGACAAAUAAAAUAUCGAGGUAUGGAGGCCGCUGCUGGGGCGUUGAGCCCUGUCCUCCGUAAGCUCGGUGAGCUGCUCGCCGGAGAAUACAACCUGGAGAAGCGAGUAAAGAAAGGUGUACAAUCACUUCGUACAGAACUGGAGAUGAUACACGCCGUACUUCGUGAGGUUGGCAAGGUGCCACUGGAUCAGCUCCAGGAGCCGGUCCGGAUUUGGGCUGGCAAGGUGAGAGACCUCUCUUGCGACAUGGAAGACGCUGUUGACGACUUUCUGGUGCGUGUGGAUGAGGGUCCAUGCAGCAAGCCAACGAACAUGAGGAAUCGUGUCAAGAAGUUCCUCAAGAAGACCACCAAAUUGUUUGGUAAUGGCAAAGCACUUCAUCAAAUCUCUAGUGCCAUCAAAGAAGCUCAGGACCUUGCCACGGAGUUGGUGGGGCUGCGUAAAAAGUAUGAGCUUGACAUGCGUAGCACUAGCAAUGGUGCUACCAUUGACCCUCGUGUGUUAGCUCUGCACAAAGAUGUAGGGGAGCUUGUUGGCGUUGACUGCACAAGGGAUGAGCUUAUCAAAACACUGAUUUGUGAGGACGGGAGUUCCAAGGAGCAAUUGAAGACCAUCUCUAUUGUUGGUGUUGGUGGGCUAGGCAAGACAACACUCACCAAAGCAGUCUAUGAGAAGAUCAAAGCCCAAUUUGAUCGUGUGGCUUUUGUCCCAGUGGGUCAGAACCCAGAUAUCAAAAAAGUUUUCAAGGACUUACUCUAUGAACUUGACAACGAAAAGUUCAGUGACAUUCAUAAUACAACACGGGAUGAAAAUCUACUCAUCAAGCAAAUCAGUGAUUACCUUGUGGAUAAGAGGUACCUCAUCGUAAUUGAUGAUAUAUGGGAAGAAGAAAUAUGGAGAUUUAUAAAUUGUGCUUUGUAUAAAAACAACCUCCAUAGUCGGGUAAUCACAACAACCCGCAAUGUGAGCGUGUCUGAAGCAUGUCUCUCUUCUAGUGAUGACAUGAUUCACAAAAUGAAACCUCUUUCUGAUGAAGACUCGCAGAUACUCUUCCAUAGAAGAAUAUUUCAAAGCGAAGAGAAAUGUCCAGAAGAUUUGCAAGCAGUAUCAAGAGAGAUAUUGAAGAAAUGUGGUGGUGUGCCAUUAGCCAUCAUUACAAUAGCUAGCCUUCUAGUCAGUAACCAAAGGAUAAAGCAGAAAGAAGAAUGGAUGCACGUGCACAGUUCGAUGGGCCGUGGAGUUACAGAAGGUGGUAUUGUGAAGGACAUGAAGAGGAUAUUAUCACUCAGCUAUUUUGAUUUGCCUCCGCAUCUGAAGCCUUGUUUGCUAUACCUAAGUAUCUUUCCUGAAGACUUUUCCCACCUGGAGCUAUGCCAAGGGUUCAACACCUUGAGUUCUGGGUCUCCGCACUGUCGAUCGCGAGUGGUGAGGUUGACUGCAGCAUGGAGCACCUCCCUUCUCUCGAGCGUGUCGUGGUUUGGCUGGAGCAUGAGAAUUCCAGCGAUGAAGAGAUGGAGACAGCCAAGGCUUGGCUGAGGCGCGCAGCACAAGCCCAUCCAAAAUGUCCGACCAUUCACAUCCAUGACUGUUGAGUGCUGACAUGCCUUUGCCGCCAGCAGCCAACCAUAAGAAAUCCACUGCAAUUCUGUAUUGCAAAAACCUUGGCUCCCACAGCAGCCAACCAUAUAA